UCUGGCCUUAAAAACCUCUGCUCCCCCGUCUCGGCGCGAUUGCCAUCGCCAUCGCCAUCGCCAUCGCGCACCGCCUCCCCGUGUCCCCUCCUUCUCGCCCGGCACCGUCGAGCUCGGCUGUGGAAACAGAACAAACCCAUCAACCAUGGCGAACUCGGCGUCGGGGAUGGCCGUGAGCGACGAGUGCAAGCUCAAGUUCCAGGAGCUCAAGUCGAAGCGAAGCUUCCGGUUCAUCACGUUCAAGAUCAACGAGCAGACGCAGCAGGUGGUGGUGGACAGGCUGGGGCAGCCGGGCGACACCUACGACGACUUCACCGGCUCCAUGCCCGAGAGCGAGUGCCGCUACGCCGUCUUCGACUUCGACUUCACCACCGACGAGAACUGCCAGAAGAGCAAGAUCUUGUUCAUCUCCUGGUCCCCGGACACCUCGAGGGUCAGGAGCAAGAUGCUGUACGCGAGCUCCAAGGACCGGUUCAAGAGGGAGCUGGAGGGCAUCCAGCUGGAGCUGCAGGCCACCGACCCCAGCGAGAUGAGCAUGGACAUUGUCAGGGCGCGAGCUCUCUGAAGAGGAAGACGCGCAUCCGCUCGCGCGAUCGCCAUGCAUGCCCCGGAACGACAGAAGCUGUUUGUCUUGCAUCGACCGGCGGCCUCUGCAUGUACCCGUGUGCCGUUUUUUGCACCGCCGGUGCCAGUGUUCUCUUACUCCAUGUAAACUACUCUAGACAGUGCUCGGUGAGUACAGCUGCUCGGUGAGUACGGUGUCACAGUCACUCCGUGUAGGCAGUGCCAUUUCGAAGACAAUAUUGCAAAAUUUAACUAACUUGGUUUUACAAUGCGUUUGGUUGGAAGUAUUCCUCCGGGUCACUAAUAAUUCAUGCUUUGUAUAUACAUGACGUGGUCGUGGUCUAUGGAAUAUAGCUUAAACCAUUACUAGUAUAAUACGUUGUAACAACACAUCAAUCAUAUUUGAUUUAUA